GUAUAAAAGGAAGUUAAUUCGAUCCAAGAUGGCCAUACCGUAUUGAAGUGAAGUGUCAUUAUAAAACAAAAUACGAGUGUGUUUACGUUUUCGAAUUUGUUUCGUUUUAAAAAUGGAGUACCCAACUGAAGUUAGAAAUAUUCAAGUCGCAAAAAUCAACAGUAGAAGAAUCCGAGACGAAGAAAACAACAAAUUCCACGGCGUUCUUCACGUUUGGAAAUUAACCGAUCAAAACGAGACCAAAAAAAAAGACUUUUGUUCCAACUGGUUUACCACUACAACAACAACAACAACGUCAAGGUUGUUAUCGUUUUGAAUUUCCGAUUUAAAUUAAAUAAAAAACAAUAACGAUGUUUGGAUUAAGUUUUAAAUCAAGAAAACCACCCGCCGCGGGUGAAAUGAUGGGGUUAAAACGUAAUUUUUCAACGGAGCCAAUAAAUUACCAUUUGAAUUUCGAUUUAAAUAUCAACGCGCAAAAGCGAUUCUCAAAUCCAAACUUUGUCAAUAAACAUAACCCGAAUUUGUUAAAAAGAAGUCACAGCGAACCAAUGAAGAUAUCCGCAUCCAAAGAACCCCCCGAAGAAAUCGGGGGGGUUCCUUCAUCACCGAUUUGUAUAGCCGUUAGCAAAACACCAAACGAAAUCACCAUUUCAAUUACACCCGAGAAUUUUGCACGAAAAACUCGUCUCAAUUCGGAUUGCGCGAGCGAAGACAGUUUUAUUAUUUUCGAAUGCGAUUCCAAUUCCGAUUAUGAUGAUACCACUGAAGAGGAUGAUGAUGAUAGUGAUGAGGAAUUAUGUAGUGAUGAAGAAUCUGACGUUGAUGAAGUUGAUUUCGUUAAAAAAGUCCCUUUUAAAAAGGUACGUUUUUGUGAAAAACCUUUAAUACAUCCGAUGAUAAAAUGGGAUUACGCAUACAGGGCGGCUAGAAAAGGUCCAUGGGAACAACACAUGCGGGACAGAUGUCGGUUUGAAAAUCGCGUGUCGAAACUUGCCGAAGUGAUUUCUCCCGUUUUAAACGCGACUCACAGGACAAAUGUGUAUAACGAAAGAUUUCGGGAUCAAAAUCGUUCCGAUACAAAGUGACAAAUCGCUAUAAAUAUGUAGAUAAAUGUAAAAAAAAGGGAAAUUAUUAAUAUUUGAACGGCGAACAUCUGUGAUAUUUCGGAGAGAAAAUUUGAAAAAGUAAAUCUCAUCGGUUAUUUUUGUAAAAAUGUUAAUAUAAAAGAUUCAAAAGUAGAAGUAGAUUGGAGGAAAUUAUUAUUUUAAGGUUUUUAAGUUUUUUUCUUUUAGGUUAUAAGAAAAAAAAAAGGAGGAAAAAAACGAUUUGUAUAAUAGAUGUAUCAUAAUUUCGAUUGUGUAGAAUAAAAAUGUAAAUAUUAA